AUGGAUAUUCAAAAUGGCCGGCAGAGGGAGACCAUGCCCUGGGAAGAGUCGGUGAUAAAGGAUCUGGACGCGCGAACGGUCCAGCUGAUCAUGGGUGGUGAAGUAUAUGUGCGGCCUCUUUCGAUCGUUAAAGAGCUUGUGGAUAAUGCUAUUGACGCUUCGGCAACUAAAAUUCAAGUUAACAUCAUUAAUGGCGGAUUUGGAUCAGUAACCGUCAUAGAUGAUGGGGAUGGAAUACCACAGGAGGAGUUCCAGAGACUAUGUAAGCCCCAUUCGACGACAAAAAACAGACAAAAGGAUGGUAACCAUCUAAUGCUUGGCUUUCGUGGUGAAGCACUAUGUUGCUUAACAUAUUUGGCGGACGUUACGAUUUAUUCUAAAGCGGGGGAAGAAUUAUUUGGAUACAGGGGGUUAUAUAAAGAUGGUAAUGUCAAUGAAAUUGAAUCUUUAUGUCUACCGUCGAUCGGCACGACCGUAGAGGUGACAAAUAUAUACAGAACGCAUCGUGUACGACGUCAAAAGAAGGAUGCUAUUCAGGAAAGGAAUGCUAUAGCAGCAUAUCUAACAGACAUGAAAGUGUUUUAUUCUAAUUUGAUAAUAACUAUGGAAGAGCAGAGUGUGUAUCUCCGACCGUUCAAAUAUUCUGAUCGGUCUUUCGACAGCAGAAUUAAAACUCUAGUCCAGCUCUUUCCCAGUCUGCAACCUUCGCAACUUCGCCCUAUUAAACUCACUGCCGGAUGGGGAGAGGUUAGAGGUAUAUAUAUGAUCAAUCAAUCAUUCGAGAUAUUGGAUAAAGCUAAACCUGUCUCUGAUAACCGAUUUAUCACCUUCAUCAACCGCCGUCCGGUUCUAUGGUCAAACUUCAAGAAGGCUGUCUUGAAAGUUUACGAAACCUUUAUUUCAAUUAACGGUAACGCCAAUUUGGUGUUAUUCUGGGACAUCACAUUAAAUCACAUCGAUGACAACAUCGAUAGAUUAAAACUAUCCGUCACCAUUCAAGAUGAACAAUAUAUCAUUGGACAGAUUAUCACUCAACUCGAAAACGAACUCAAUAAUUCCGUUCAUCUCAGCCAGUCAGCAGGAAGAAGAAGCCAGCAACCAUCCGCACCCGGAUACUUCCAGUCAGAGUCUAGAAAUAUGACCCAACAAACAUUAACAGCAUUCAACAUACGGACUCCGAUAGGAGAAGAUAAUAUUCCGAUAGGAGAUAACAUUCCGAUAGGAGAUAGUGAUUUACAAGGCAACGAAAAACGGAAUCCUAAAGGUGACCCUGCGAAAGAGUUAUACGACCCUCCCGAAGUGGACUUACCCAAUCCGCCGGCGAAAAGACUAGCUUUGGUGCCACGUUCCGCAGCGCCUAGCUCGGUGAUAAAGUCGGUGGGCUCGAACUCAAUGUUGAGUCGCGAUAUUUUGUUUGGUAACAGGGACUUAUUCAAACAGUUGGAAUUCAUCGGUACAGCGGAUAUGAAAACUUUUGUACUGGGUAGCCCAAAUCAUAUCGUGACAGCCAACAUAGGGUCUUUUGUGAAGAACGUGAUUCUACCUCAGUGUACUGUCGUGCAAGAUCUUGUACCACCUCUGGAUCUGUCCCGUAUUAUCACGAGUAAAACAAUUACAGACUUGAACUAUAAAGUAGUCGUCAAAAAUAACAUCGUGUACUCCUUGCCAAGAUACCUGAUCAAGUAA